AUUGGUAAAGGACGUCUAGAACCCAAAUACAAAAUUGUACUUUGUUUUCAUUUGAUUCUAAACUUGGUAAGGGCACUGAUUCCUUGCUUGAUAUCUGCCUCACCUUCUUUACCCUUUGCAAUAACAUCUCAAAAUAUAGUUACAGAUACAGGGAAGAGGGAGAUGAGGUGAAAGGGAAGUUCAUAAAAAGAAUAAGAAACAUGGCAGCUUGAAAGUCCAAGGGAACAUCGAAUGAUUGUUCCUUCAGGCUAGGAAAGAGGGACGAGGCUGUGUCUAUCUUCUCUGUUUCUUUCUGCUAAAAUCUGUUUCUUCCCAGUCUCCCAGGUUUCUUUGAUAUCAGCAGGUUGAGAGAAAGAAAGGAAGAGAUGUUGGAGGGUAAAGCCGUGAUUGAAGAGACAGACAUGCCCUUGAAGAUGCAGUCUCAAGCCCUGGCUUCUGCUUCUCGGGCUCUUGAUCUCUAUGAAGUCUUUGACUACAUUCCCAUCGCUGCCUAUAUUAUAAAGGAUUUUGACAAGAUGUAUGGGCCUGGAUGGCAAUGCGUGGUGGGUACAAACUUCAGUUGCUUCUUCACCCAUUUAAAAGGAACUUUCAUCUACUUUGCUUUGGCCACUCUCAACUUUCUCAUCUUCAAGGGGAGCUGUAGUUCCACUUCUUCAUGAAGUUGAGCUGGUUUGACGGUGGACUGUGAAAGAAAGACAGAAAGUCCUUGAUCAGAUAGGAAGGUGGCCAUCUUUGGAAUUAACUUGAAACGCAGUGCAUCGAUCAAAUCGAUAACAAUAUACAGACACAAUCAUCUCUCUUUUUUCAUACAUAUGGCAGCUUCUUAAUUUCUCUACCUCCACUCUGAACUCUUUGGGAGGCUCAAGUUUAAUUAACUAUUAAGACAGGUGCAUUUCCAUAUGAGAUUGCUAUAAACCCUAAAUACUACCCUAUGUCUAGACCUUUUUGUUUAAUUUCUAUGUUUAAUUAAAGAUAAGCAUAUAAUUUUCAUAACUUUUUCUUUUUAUAUCAUUGUUUACCUUCUUUGAUAGAAACCUUUACAAUCUUUAAA